CCACUUGCUCGUUGUCCGUUGAGAGUGUAGUUCGGCGACGUUAUAUACCGCCAAAAAGUUCAGUCAAUUUCCAACUAUAGGUGUACCUGGAAGGAGGGAAAUGUUUUUCGGAGAUGAAUCAUUUCUACAAGAACGUAUUUCCGAAUUAUGGUACUUCAUAGGAGUCUGAACCGUCGUAGAUUCAGUGUGCUAAUAAUUGUAAGACUCUUUACCCCCACGACAAUCUGGUGCUAAUCAGUUUCAGUUUUCAAUGCCGAAUGAUUCGAAUCGCCGGUGUCUUCCAACGCAAAGAGAGGGCAACGUGGUUCCGACGAAAAAAAUAUGUUCGACGCUCGAGUGGAAUUAUUUAAUUAAAAAUUCAGAUCCGAUCGUCUGCACAAAUAUGAAUAACUAGAUAUUCGAAACUUGAAUAAAAAAGUAAAACAAAUAUCAGACUGUGAAAGUUUGAACAAAUGUCAAGGAUUUUUUGAUGGAUACGUUAUCUUUGAGCUUGGGAAAAGCGAGAAAGAAGAAAUAUAGAUCAUGAAAGCGGAAUUUUCUACAUUGUGUAUCACAGUGGAGUGUAGCCGUUUAAUUUUUCACACAAAGUUCAAAGGAUAUUUAGAAAAAGUCGCGCACGGUUUCUCGUCGAUCGGUAUCGAGAAGUUGACAUGCACGAUGGAAUAACGAAGUGAAAAGUCAAGUUUGUACCGGUAAAAGUUUUAGUCGGAAGAAAAUCUUUGUGGGACAAUAGCUGUUACGAUAUGGCAGACGUAAAUCUCCUUCCAGCACCCGAGGGAAAUUUUUCACUGGAAAAUAUUACCGAAUCUGAUUACCUCGCGGCUAUGCUUGGCCCUAAGCACCUACCGAGGCGGGUCGUAAUUCCCGUGACUGUUGUGUACCUGACAAUAUUCGUUACCGGAGUAUUCGGAAACGGUGCUACGUGUUGGGUCAUCGUAAGAAAUCCGGUAAUGCAGACUGCCACGAAUUAUUAUCUCUUCAGUCUCGCCGUUUCCGAUCUCACACUCCUCUUGCUCGGUUUGCCGAACGAGCUGAGUGUCUUCUGGCAGCAGUACCCCUGGGCAUUUGGAUUGUACUUGUGCAAAUUGCGAGCUUUUGUUUCGGAGAUGUCGUCUUACGUUUCGGUUCUGACGAUCGUCGCCUUCUCGAUGGAGAGGUACUUGGCGAUUUGUCAUCCCUUGCAUCUUUACGCUAUGAGUGGAUUAAAAAGGCCAAGUCGUUUCAUCCUCGCCGCAUGGGUGGUUGCUCUCGUCUGCGCUCUACCCUUUGCCAUUUACACCACAGUUUACUACGUUGAAUUUCCCAUAGGGUCCGGACUUCAUGUAGAAGAUUCAGCGAUCUGUGCCAUGCUUCAGCACAGCAUGCCGCCCUUUCCACUCUACGAAUUGAGCUGCGUUAUCUUUUUUUUUAUCCCCAUGCUUUUUAUUUUGAUUUUAUACGUGAGGAUGGGUCUCAAAAUACGGAGCAAAUCGAUCGGUCGCAGCAUAGAAGGCUCAGUUCACGGGGAAACCAGACAAGCUCAAUCCAAAAAGGCAAUCAUCAGGAUGCUGAGUGCGGUCGUCGUGAUGUUCUUCAUUUGUUGGGCGCCAUUUCACGCGCAACGUUUGCUCUACGUGCACGCUAGAAAUUCCGCCUAUUACGCGGAAAUUAACGAGUGGCUUUACGCAUUGGGAGGAUGUCUCUACUACUUCAGCACGACGGUAAAUCCGAUCCUUUACAACGUGAUGAGCGCCAAAUAUCGAGGCGCUUUCAAGGAGACGCUCUGCUGUUCACCGGCAAGUCCCGCGUUCACGAGGGACGAUAUCAGCAGCAUGAGGGAGACCGCGGUCUGCGGAUGCGAUGGAACAAUCACCACAUCCCAACUAGUCAGGAUUCGCAGUCUUCAUUACAGCCGAACCGUCAGAUGCACUCUGGACCACUCGGAAGAAGUGUUGAACCCUCCCGGCAGGACGAGGACGAAUCAAGAAGGUAAUGGCCGAGUUCAACUGCGAAAUAUUCGUCAGAAUAACAAUUUCGAAAAUCAGGGUAGCCAAGACCAACUCGAAAGUUCGAACACCGAGGCGUUACUCGACCCAAAAAAGACUUCGAUGAUCAUCCAAGCGAGCAACGGAAAGCCAAAGUGCCACACUACCUCGACGCACGUAUCCCUGGACGAAACGCGUAUCUGAUCUCGCGCAACUUCCUCGAGUUUAUCGCGAUGAGCGAAUGUCUGGGAACUGAUAUGUUUAAUUCUCAUGGUACGCAAAGUGCGAAGAGUGAAGUUUACUCCCCUUGCGGCAAUUUCCAAUUAUCGUCAACGAUUACCGGGACAACCGUGCCUCGGUUCGGCACGUACCGACGUUAACGCUCCCCUAGGACAAAAGCUAAGGGGAGGCGAGGGCUGCGGCGUAUCCGAAAACAUCGAAGCGGUUUUCCCUACCGCGGAAGAGUUUUCAAUCCCAUCGUCGAGUUAUAGGCCUCGCAUGACAAUUUCGAGUACAGGGUUCUCUACUACUAUUUUAAAGUCAUACUAUAUUGUACAUUCAUCACGAUAAUUUAUGUUCAUAGCUUGAUACGUCGCCGAGCCACAUUUCGGUCACGUUUAUGAUGCGAGUCUUUAAUUGCAAUUACGUUGUGUGUAUAUAAUUUAUAUUUGAUGAGGUCUCCGACCAAUUGAGCUUACCGACUAAUCGCCACUUCCCAAAAUGUUCUCGCCCCACGUUCAUUCUAAUUCAAUGUCGCGUGCAUCGGGUCGCGCGACGUAAUUAUCCAAAAAUUAUUCGACAUGCGAUUUCGUGAAUCGGGACAUUCCGAAAUCACCGUUACCUUUUUUGUAGGGUAGAAAUAAUCCCGCGGAAGUAAGGGAGGUUGAUUGUUUUCCAACCGGGUUGUUUGCAGGAUCGUGAGCAACCUUAUAUCAGAUACGCUGCACACAACAGUUUGUAAUCACUUCCUCGGUAUACACAUACCAAUUGCGAGUCACUCGCAUUAACGAUUUUUGCAUUUACGUAAGUUAUAAGUCGUGAAUCCAUUAGGGAAUUGAAGUUUUACACGCGAGUCUCUCAACUUAUUUUUCAUCUCUUCGUUUCAAUCGUCGACUGACGUUUAUUGAGUCCGUGAUAUUACUGAUAUUUUAUUCAUACGCCGCAAGCUCACUCCACAUCUUUCAACUUUCCAGACGUUUAAAAUCAUCAGAAUGACGUUAUUCUAAAAAUCGAUACAGCAUGCGAAUGAAUGAGUAAUUUAGUUUUCAUAAGUCGUAGGCAAAUAGCGUUAAUUCGAGCAGGAAUGCUUACGUUCUGUCGCAACGUCCUCAGACGGAAUUGCGCAUACCAGGUGAGAGAACUGCAGCGAAUGUAGAAAUGCAGUUCCGCAAAAUUAUCCACACCUUUUUUUUUGU